CUUUCGGGAGCUCUACACCCAGGCAGCGGCUACAGAAUUAACUCAAAAUCCAGCCUCACUAUUAUAUUGCGGAAUAAGAAGCGAUUCGCUCUCUUCGAUCGCAUUGUGACUCCAGCAGUCAGAUUCAAGACUACCACUAUCAACGACAAUGGCGGAUCGGGGCCGUGGUGCUGCUAGGGGUGCAAGAGGAUCAUCUGCGUCUGCUAGAGGUCGAGGAGGUCCACAGGGACCGCAGCCCACCAUGGACAAACCGAAGCGUGAAGCUAUUCUUGAUCUUUCGAAGUAUGUUAACGAAAGAAUUAGGGUGAAGUUCACCGGCGGUAGGGAAGUUACGGGAGUGCUCAAAGGAUUUGACCAACUGCUUAACCUUGUACUUGACGAAGUUGAAGAACAACCGACAGAGCCUUCACCGCGCAAGAGAAAUCUGGGGCUGGUCGUACUCCGCGGCCCCACGAUAACUCUCUUGAGCCCUGUAGACGGCUUCGAAGAAAUAGCCAACCCCUUCGUGGCUCAAGAGUAGCUAAUCAGAUUUUUUUCGACUUUAUGCUCGUUUCCGCGAAAUGCACUGCGCAGACCCCUAGUCUCAUCAUAUAGGUAAUGGUGUGAACUACCUGUCCUGUCCGGACAUGCAUUUGACAUGUGUCAUAGCUACAUACACAUAACAUGCUAGAAUUGUAACUGUGUAAAUUGACGAGGGUCAAGAAGACCCAGUUGAGACACUGCACCCAGCCAAUGAGUUGAGGGUAACGCAUCACGGCCUUCAAAACCAAGGAAUGUCAGAGGAGCAAAGAAAGCAAAACGACCAAGCACGCCGUUAGAUUCAGAAUUACGCAGGCGCCUCAUGAUGCCGCAAAAAUCAAAGGUCAGCAAGUCUCAGGACGCCUUCAGAGACAGAUCGCGUAAGGAAUCCGUUACUUUGGCCUCCCGUCUCUUCAUGCUGUCGCUGAUUAGGGCAUCUUCCCGCUGUUUUGGGCGCGGGCUCUGCUCCGGCCUGCCGAUCCUAGGACUAGAAUCGUGGAACCGAGGACUGUGGUGGGGAGAUGGCGGGGACGUAGACG